AUGAAGAAUUGCUCAAAGAACAUCUUGUGGAAUUCGAACAAGCCUUGCGGCAUCACUUUUCACCACGUCCAAAACUCAAGUAAAUGUUGA